AUGAACGCUUACCCCAAUGGCAGUCGUGUCUUUUUUUGGGAUGCGAAUGGGACCGCCGUCAAGGGCGUCGUAAAGGGUACCAAUGUACAAGCUGAUGGUACACAGGUCGCUGUUGUUCAGAUAGAUGGAAGCGGGAAGACAGUGACGCUACCAAUCGACGUGCUCAGCCCCGCUCGGUGA